UAUUGGAUAUUUUCAAUUUGAAUUCCAUUUUAAUUGAAAUUGUUAAUAAUAAAUGAGAACAAAUAGUAUAGAAAAUUCUUGUAUGUAAAGAGUGACCACCGCAAUAAUUUAGUUAUAGUAUUAUAAUUAUUCAAAAUUUAUAAACAAAUAUUAGGAGAGAUGAAAGCAGCUUGUGUAUUUUACAAUUAGAAAAGUAAUUAUUACUAAUACUAUUUUAGCGUAUCUGGGACCAACCAUAUUUUUGGUAUUGCAGGUAGGUUUACAUGUUUGGGCUUACAAAGACUUCCUCAUGAAUUGCCACAUUUUCGGGUUGUUAUAUUAAUGAACUAUCAACAAUAGACCCUUGAUAUUUCUUACAAGUGGAUUGUAUUUCAUAGUACGUUUCAAAGAUCCUGGAACUAUUCCAAUAGUUAAAGUAGAGCUUCCACUUGAGAAUAAUCAAAUCGAAGUAAAGAUUGAAAAUAAUGAAAAAAGAGAAGUACUCAAUGCUUAGGCAAAUGAUGAAUCUCAAGGUUAGAUUUCAUUGGAUCAAUUCAAAGAUGGUCCAGACAAUGAAAUCACAAUAUAAAAGUAGAAUUGUACAGGAUUAUCUUUUUAUAGAUAUUAUCCAGAGUAAUAGCAAUAACAAUAGACAGACAAUCAGCAAAUCAUAUCAGGUAGAGGAAUGCUGUCAUCGCCUUCCUCUGAGUAGGCCAAGAUAAAUACUCCAUAAAAAUAAACUUGUAUAAGCACAUCAAAUGCAGUUAUGCCUCCAAUAUUGACAACAGAAAGGAGAUUCUGCAUGCAAUGCUUAAAUGAAUAACCUAUGAGAGCCAAACACUGUUAAUAUUGCAAGAAAUGUGUUCCAUUGUUCGAUCACCAUUGUCCUUGGAUUGGCAUAUGCAUAGGCGAAAAGAAUAAGCUUCUGUUUCUGAUUUACAUGUUCGUCCAAAUUGCUUAGUUAAUAGUGGGUAUUCGAAUCUCGGUUCAGAAUAUUGGAUUGCUGGUGGUUAUGGGGGUUAUUGUGCUUUUGCUGACUAGUCUAUUGGGAUUUCAUGCGUUUUAUGUAGCCAAGAAUAUUACAACAUGUAAAGUGAUCAAUAAUCUCAGGGGAAUACUUGAGUUGGAAAAGGAUUUCGUAUAUCAAUUAGAAUUCAAGAUAUCCAUUUGACAAAGGUGUGAUCAAUAAUGUUAGGUUGCUUCUCCAAAUCUCAUGCGAAAAACAGAUUUACGAUUGGUAAAUAUAAUCUUAAUGA